AUGCGCGCGACAACUCUCUCAAUGGCCUUGGUGGCCGCGGCCGCUAGCAAUGCCUGCGCCUCUGUCCUGACCGAUGCCAAGAGCGCCUCCCGAUCGUGGGGCGAGCUCUCAGUGUACGCGGACAACGACGAGGAUGCCUUUGGUGUUGGCUACGUCGGUCUUCCCGAGGGCUGCCAAGUUGAAUCCGUGAGCACUCUUCAGCGCCAUGCUGAGCGCUUCCCAGACUCGGUGGACAAUCUCACCACGGGCGGCUUUGCCCAAAAGCUUGCCGACUUUAAGAGUGGCCACAAGGACAAGCAGUUCAUGGGUCCGCUCAAGUUCCUCAACAGCUACCAGUACAUCCUGAACAACACCGGCCUCCUCACCGGCGUUGGCGCCAACACCGAGUUUGGCAGAGGCGUUGCUUUCUGGAACAAUUACGGCCGCACGCUGUUCAAUGCCGAGACCGCGCAGCUCCAGUACAACAGCCUGUUUAGCAACGGUACCGAGCGCCCCAAGAUGACUGUCCGCACCACCAGCCAGUCUCGCAUCCAGAACUCGCAGAUCAACUGGUCGCUCGGCUUCUUUGGCCCUUCGUUCAACUCCACGCCCGAGCCCGAUCUGCUGCAUUGGGAGUCGCCCUUCAACACCGUCAUCAUCCCCGAGGGCGGCACCGAGAAUAACACGCUGGCGUCCUACGACAGCUGCACCAACUCCAACAACAAGGACAACAACAACAUUGCUGCCUUCCACCAAGAGCAGUACAAGAAGAUUUACACCCGCGCCACCAUUAAACGCUUCGAGAGCUACGCGCCCGACGGCUUCACCUUCACCUACCAGGACAUCUACGGCAUGCAGAUGACGUGCGCCUACGAGUACGCCUACAUUGGCCAGUCCGACUUUUGCCACAUCUUCACCGCCAACGAGUGGGCUGGAUUCGAAAACGUGCUGGACCAGCAGUACUACUACCUGUACAGCUACGGCAACCCCACGGGACGCGCGCAGGGCGUCGGCUACGUCCAGGAGCUCAUGGCGCGCCUUAAACACCAGUACAUCGCCGUCUCCAACUCGUCCGUCAAUGCCACAUACGACAACAACGGCAAGACGUUCCCCCUCGGCCAAAAGGUCUACGCCGACUUUUCGCACGACGACAUCAUCAUCUCCGUCCUGACCGCGCUGUCCGUCGACUACAUCAACAAGGCCCCGACGCUGGACGAGUUCCCGCCGAGCUCCAACACACACGUCACCCUCUCCCACUUGACGCCCUUUGGCGCCAACCUCAUCACCGAGCAGAUUGGCUGCUCGGCGGCCAACCCGGAGCCUGUCGAGAACCGCCGCGUGCAGUACAGCCCCGGCCAGUACGGCUACGAGGCCAGCAACGCCACGCACAAGUUCAUCCGCAUGCGUCUGAACAAUGCCAUUAUCCCGCUCAACACCAUCCGCGGCGGCAAGUGCGGCAACAGCACCUCGGGCCGCCUCGAUGGCCUGUGCGAGCUGGGUGCGUUCCUCGAGAGCCAGGCCAACACGUUCAAGGACAGCAACUACCAGUAUGCCUGCUUUGGCAACUACACCGUCAAGAACUCGACCACGAAUGUCGAGUACGACGGUACUAUUGUCGCCGGCAAGACCUACAAUUAA